AUUUGUGAGCAGAAACUCCAUGUAACGAUCCCACCAAUCACAGGCCGCGCUCUGCCAGCCAAUGGCCAAUGACUCAUGCCUGACUAAUGAGAAGACUUUCUCUGCAGCUAAUGAGACGAGCCAAUCAGCGGGCGGCUCUCCUGACUGACAGGCCGAGCGGCCAAUGAAUGCAAAGUAGCUACAAAAUGCAAGUGUAAUUCAAGCUAAGUAGAGUGUGGGCUGCUGCUGCCUCAGAGAGGGAAUGGAGAGCAGCAGGGCAGCGUAGGAGAGAGCUGCGGGCUGACACCACUCCGGAGCCCGGGCUUCUUUGUUGCACGUGGAGCUGAUGAAGUAGUGAGGGCUGCUGCGCCUCUCCUCUCCCUCCAGCCUAGCGGCAGACAGCGAGAAGCCAUGAGAGAAUACAAAGUAGUUGUGCUGGGCUCAGGCGGGGUGGGGAAAUCUGCCCUCACUGUCCAGUUCGUCACAGGCUCCUUCAUAGAGAAAUAUGACCCGACCAUUGAGGACUUCUACAGGAAGGAGAUCGAGGUGGACUCGUCCCCCUCAGUCCUGGAGAUCCUGGACACUGCAGGGACCGAGCAGUUCGCUUCCAUGAGAGACCUGUACAUCAAGAAUGGACAAGGCUUUAUCCUGGUCUACAGCCUGGUCAACCAGCAGAGCUUCCAGGACAUCAAACCCAUGAGGGACCAGAUCAUCAGGGUCAAGAGGUAUGAGAGAGUGCCCAUGAUCCUGGUGGGAAACAAGGUGGACCUGGAGGGGGAGAGGGAAGUGUCCUAUGGGGAAGGCAAAGCCCUGGCCGAUGACUGGAACUGUCCUUUCAUGGAAACUUCUGCCAAAAACAAAGCCUCUGUGGACGAACUCUUCGCGGAGAUAGUCCGGCAGAUGAACUACGCCUCCCAGCCCAAUGGGGACGACCAGUGCUGCUCCUCCUGUGUCAUCCUCUGAGGGGGCCCUGGGUUACAAUGCGCUCGAUCACUUGGGGACUUCCAGCUCUGAAGGGAAGGAUCCUGCUGAGAUGUCACCAUCAUGGGCACUGGGCUCUGCAGAGGAAAGAAGACAAAGUUUAGCAGAUGGCACGGUGCCCGGGCCGAUCAGGAGUGAUGGGACUGUCAUUUCACAGAAGUUCUAUGCAAAGUGGGAUUAUUGUUACAGAGUAUCCAUUCAUAAGUAUUGCACAUCUACAAUGAUGCCAACUCAGUGUGGGUAGCAUGGGGUGCAGCCCUGCUGGUGGGCAUGAGAGGGGGAAAUCUAUUUUGUUUACUUGCUGUCUAAAAUGGGAAUUUGGGAAGAUUUUGUUUUUAACAUUAUUUUUUUUUAAUCAGCUGUGAAAAAAUGUUACUUUUUUUUUGUUUCCAUUUUUGUUUCAUUUUUAUGUCGUCAGGCGCUGGCAAUAACUGACUUUUGAUGCCCAGCUAUGUAUUUAAUAGAUGAUGAAAUAGUGACAUGCGUGUACCAGGGUCACCAGCGCCCUGUGUCCUUAGAGUGCCUUCAAAAUUCAGCUGUUCCAGCCGGUGCCAACCUGUGAAAUCUCCACAAAAUCCCAUUAUCUCCUAUUCUGCAAACUACUUCACAGUUUCCUCUCGGUAUUCACACUGAACAAGCGUGGACAAAGGGAUCUAUUGUCCCUGGAACCUAUAUCUGAGCCUGUAAAUGUCAUUUCCAUGUCUUGCACAUUUUUAAGGGGAGGGGGGGAUGGUAUUUGGUUAACCAUUUUGUGACAUGCCAACAAGCGUGUGCACAGAAAGGGUUGCAGUCUUAGGAACUCACUUUCUACUUGGCAUGCAAUGGUUUUAGCAUUGCGCGGAGAUCAUCUUCUAAAGAGAAAAAUGUGAUGUACCGGAAGAUUAAUAACAAGUGUAAUUUUAUUUCUCGGACAUGCUAGGACAUGUUUUUUUAUUUUAUUUUUAUUUUGUUUUUUGUUUUUUCCUGUUAUGUUUUAAAAUAUGUUGAAUACAGAUUCAUUGUGACAUAA